AUAGCUCGCAAUUGUUAUAUUUUAAAAUUUCAUAAAAUGUCUUUCGAUCAAAAGGAGAUUUUUAGUUUGAUGUACAAGCUGGCCAGACUCAUAGUACCGGAUACUCGUGUUGAAUAUGAUUCGAUGGGCCCCAUGCACGUUCCUCUUGAUCGAAAGUACGGUCCACAGACCAUGCGAUCCUUGAUGAAAUUUCCAAUUGGCGGAGUACAAGAAAGAAUGCCUCGAAGCAUAAUAAAAGCCCUGGGAAUCGUAAAGAAAGCCGCCGCGGAAUCUAACAAAAUCAAUGGUCUAGAGGAGGAUUUAUGCGAAGCCAUUUCCAAGGCAUGCGAUGAGGUUAUAUCAGGCAAGCUUUACGACGAAGAGCAUUUUCCAUUGGUUAUCUGGCAGGAUGGAUCCGGAGAGCAUACCAAUAUGAACGUAAACGAGGUGAUCUGUAAUCGAGCCAUUGAGAUCCUGGGCUAUCAAAUGGGAACCAAAGAGCCAGUGGACCCAAAUAAGCAUGUCAAUCUUUCGCAAAGUUCCCAUGAUACCUUCUCCACAGCUGUUAGAAUCGCUGUGGUCAUGAAAUUGAACGAGACUAUGUAUCCUAGUUUACGGAUGUUUAUUGAUCUGCUGGGAAAGAAGUCGACUGAAUGGAUGGAUGUGAUUAAAAUUGGAAGAACCCAUCUAAUGGAUGCAGUGCCUCUUUCCCUGGGUCAGGAAUUCAGUGGAUACCAUCAGCAGCUAUUGAAUGGAAGAGCUCGAUUGGACUCGGCCAUGAGCAGGCUGUAUCAGUUGCCCAUGGGAGGUUCUAUGGUGGGCACAAAAGUGGACACCAAGAAGGGUUUCUCCGAGCAGUGCACCAAACGAAUCGCCGAGUUAACAUUCCUACCCUUUGUGGAGUCUCCAAACUUUUUUGAAUCUCUAUCCACCUGUGAUGCGCUGGUUGAGCUUCAUGGAGAACUUAAUACCAUUGCUGCAAGUGUCAUGAAAAUAGCCAACGAUAUUCGUUUUCUGGGAUCUGGUCCUCGUUGCGGAUUGGGAGAGUUAAACCUGCCGGAAAACGAACCUGGUAGUUCCAUUAUGCCUGGAAAAGUUAAUCCCACGCAAUGCGAGGCCAUGACCAUGAUCUGCGCCCAGGUGAUGGGCAAUCAUGUGGCCGUGUCAAUGGGCGGAUCCUGUGGACACUUUCAACUCAACACUUUUACGCCAAUGAUUUCAUCGAAUGUCUUGCGUUCGAUAACCCUUUUGGGCGAGGGCAUGAAGUCCUUUUGCGUGAAUUGCCUUGAGGGUAUUGAACCAAAUAAGUCCAAGAUCCAGAGCAUUAUGAAGGCCUCCUUGAUGCUGGUCACCGCUUUGAGUCCUCACAUUGGAUAUGAAAAGUCUGCUGCGAUCGCCAAGGCUGCACACGCCAAUGGUACUACUUUGAUGGAGGAAGCCUUAAAUGCGGGCGUCGAAAGGGAGGAGUUUGAGCAGUGGGUGCAGCCCGGCAAAAUGUUGGGACCUGAGAAUUGAAUAUUGUAAACAAACAUUAUAAUCGUUUUACUUUUGGGGACACUGUUAAAUUUGUUGCAAAUGUUGUUUGAGCUGCAUAAAUUAAAAAGUUGAGUUUAA